AUGGUUCUUCCAAGAUUAUAUAACGCUGCUUCUAGCUCCGCUUUCUCCGCUUUGAGAGGUAUGGCCACCGCUGCCCCAGCCACCGGUAAGGUCAGAGCCGUCAUUGGUGCCAUUGUCGAUGUUCAAUUCGAACAAGGCCAGCUCCCAGCCAUUUUGAACGCCUUGGAAAUCAAGCAAGGUGACCAGAGAUUGGUUUUGGAAGUCGCCCAGCACUUGGGUGAAAACACCGUCAGAACCAUUGCUAUGGAUGGUACUGAGGGUUUGGUCAGAGGUGAGUCUGUCACUGACACCGGUUCCCCAAUCACCGUUCCAGUCGGUCGUGGUACCUUGGGCCGUAUCAUCAACGUCAUUGGUGACCCAAUCGAUGAACGUGGUCCAAUUGAAUGCAAGCAGAGAAACCCAAUUCACGCCGAGGCUCCAUCCUUCGCUGAACAGUCCACUGCUGCUGAGGUUUUGGAAACCGGUAUCAAGGUUGUCGACUUGUUGGCCCCAUACGCCAGAGGUGGUAAAAUUGGUUUGUUCGGUGGUGCCGGUGUCGGUAAAACCGUUUUCAUCCAAGAGUUGAUUAACAACAUUGCCAAGGCCCACGGUGGUUUCUCCGUUUUCACCGGUGUUGGUGAACGUACCCGUGAAGGUAACGAUUUGUACCGUGAAAUGAAGGAAACCGGUGUCAUUAACUUGGAAGGUGAAUCCAAGGUUGCCUUGGUUUUCGGUCAGAUGAACGAACCACCAGGAGCUAGAGCCCGUGUCGCUUUGACUGGUUUGACCAUUGCCGAAUACUUCAGAGAUGAAGAAGGUCAGGAUGUGUUGUUGUUCAUUGACAACAUUUUCAGAUUCACCCAGGCCGGUUCCGAAGUCUCUGCUUUGUUGGGUCGUAUCCCAUCUGCUGUCGGUUACCAGCCAACCUUGGCCACCGAUAUGGGUGGUUUGCAGGAACGUAUUACCACCACCAAGAAGGGUUCCGUCACCUCUGUCCAGGCCGUUUACGUGCCAGCCGAUGAUUUGACCGAUCCUGCUCCAGCCACCACCUUCGCUCACUUGGACGCCACCACUGUGUUGUCCCGUGGUAUCUCCGAGUUGGGUAUCUACCCAGCCGUCGAUCCAUUGGAUUCCAAGUCUAGAUUGUUGGAUGCUGCCGUCGUUGGCCAAGAGCACUACGACGUUGCCACCCAGGUCCAGGAAACCUUGCAGGCCUACAAGUCCUUGCAGGAUAUCAUUGCCAUUUUGGGUAUGGAUGAGUUGUCCGAACAGGACAAGUUGACCGUUGAACGUGCCCGUAAGAUCCAGAGAUUCUUGUCCCAGCCAUUCGCUGUGGCCGAAGUUUUCACUGGUAUCCCAGGUAGAUUGGUCAGACUCAAGGAGACCGUCCAGUCUUUCAAGGACGUCUUGGCUGGUAAGUACGAUCACUUGCCAGAAAACGCUUUCUACAUGGUUGGUGGUAUCGAAGAUGUCAUCUCCAAGGCUGAAAAGAUGGCUGCUGAAGCUAAAUAGAUUUAGCAAACUUUUUGUUUGUUGAUUUAUUUACUUUGAAUAGUAU